AUUUAAUGUUUGGCAAAACACUAAAAAUUUAGGGAUCUGUUCUUUUGAAGGGAAAAGACAAAGAUAACUUUGAGACUACGCUUAGGAAAUAAUUCGAUGCACUAACAGUCAAAAAGAUCUUUGAGGAUUCUGAAUAGUGUAUGCAAGAGAAGCUAGUUGGAUCAAAGAUGAUAAUUUAUCAUACAGAUGAAUAUCCAGCCUUUGUUGAUGGUACAGGGAAGGAGGAUUAUGUUCCAUCAUGUAAAUAUUUAUAGAGAUAUCGAUUAGUGUUUGUUGUGGCUGAGUAUCCAAGAUUAGUUGGUACUUUGAUAUUAAAAGAUGGAAUUGAUGAAGCAGCAGUACUCAAGGCAGGAAAAGUGUUAUGGACUUAAAUAAGUAAUUAAGGUAAAUUGGGAGAAUUCAAGAAGGAUGCUAUUAAGAAGUUGUUAAAUCAUUAAAAGAAGUAAUUACAAUAGAAUAUCUAGAUUAUUGGCAAUUAUAGCAAUUGGUUGUGAUUCUAUAGAUUUAUAGAAAGAAUAGGAGAAGGGAAUAGCAGGAUAUAUUUUGCAUAAACAAGGGGAUAAAUUAUGGGAGCAUGGUCCAAAUGAAUUGGGUUAGCCAAUUGAACCAGAAAACUUUGAUGAAGUCUAAGAAACUAAAACACAAAACUAUGAGGAAUAUUCAGAUGAUGAAAUUGAUUUGAAUAUGAUUGCACCUGGAGCAAAGAAACCAGCAGCUAAAAAAGAAUAGAAAAAAACAGCCAAAGCUAAACCAGUUUAAUAAUAACAAUAACAGUAAUAGUAAUAAUAAGUUAAACAACAAUUCUCAGACGAUAGUGAUGAUGACAAUAAACAUAAAAAAGGUGCUUAAAAUAAGCAAUAAUAAUAGAAAUAGCAACAACAGUAAUAAGUUGGAGGUGUUCCUACAAAAGUAAUGGAUGAAUACAUUAAGGAAUCAUUUUUAAAUGCUUGCAAAAUUGGCAUUAAUGAUAAAUAAUUGCCUUUAGAAGGAUAAGUAUUUUAUGAAAAGUAUAUGCUUGCAUUUAAGAAACCAGGAAUUGAAUUAGAUCUUAAGAAUUCUUCAUAUCAAAAGAUUGGAAAGUAAAUGCUUAUUAAUAUUUCAUAGAUUUUUGUAGACUAUGUAAAAGGAGGGUUUGAUUGAAUACAAGGAAGUCAAAAAGGGAGGAUAACCUUCAAUAACUAAAAUUGAUAGAUAACAUGAAUAAAUUACUGAUUGGGAACCAACAGUAUUAAAGGCAGCAAAAAAAGGGGAUGAAGAAAAAGAAGAAAAGAAUCAAGUUGCUUAAUAUAAAUAGAAUAUCGAGGUUACUGAUCUCUUUUUACCAGUUGGCCCUUUGGUGAAAUUAUUCGCUAAAGAAGGUGAGGAGAAUUAAAAAGUUGAACCAUUAACAAGAGAAUAAUAUAUUUCAUAACUGAAUUAAUACAUAAAGAAGAAUUUGAAAUAGGAGAAAAAGAUGAUAGUAUUGACAGAAGAUUUGGUUAAUGAAUUAGGAAUAAAAGAACAUUAAUCUGAUAGUGAAGAUGAAUAACAAGAAGAAUAAGAUAAGGAGAAAGAGAAAGAAAAAGAAAAAGAGAAGGAAUAGAAAAAAAAAUAACCAUAAAAUUAGAUUACUUUGGAAAGAUUAUACAAGAGAAUCGAAGAACUUAUGUAAAGAAGUUACAGAAUUAAAAAUUUGAGAUUAAACUAAAGUGAAGUUAAAUAAGGGGAAUUCAAAGGGUUGCAAUUAAUAGCCGAGAAAUAACAUAAUCAAUAAAUAAAUAGAGUUGUAGGUUUGGAAUAUUUCGGAUUCGAUCAUUAAGGAAAGAUUGAAGACAUAUACAGUUUUGCAUAUGUGGUUAAGCAAAUGUAGGAGACAUUCCAUUGUGGUAUUAGCAUUCAUGAUGGAGCUGGUAAAAAUGCAGGAAAAGUAUAAUUUAUAUAAUAAUAAAAGGAAAUCUUGUUACAGAAAAAUGUUUUUGACUAAUUGCCUGAUUAUUGUGCCAAUGUAUUGAAAAUAGAUAGUCGAUAUAUUCAUGAGUAGAAUAAGUUGGGUGGAAACAAGAAAAAGUAAGAAGGUAUGACCAGGUAGUGAAGUCAUUAAUUUAUUUAAGUGAAGUCAUCAUUAUAUAAUAUAAAUUUAAUAAUAG